AUGCCUUCUUUGCCUUAUUCGACUAAUUCAAGCUCAGUUGGUGGAUUGGGAAGUGUGUUUAAGUCCCUAUCUAAGACUUUUCGAUCAACUACUUCGGGAUCUUCAACUAAAGCUAAAAGAUCGCUUCCCAUCGCUGUCAAUCCUACAGUCGUGGGUAAUUCCCUUAUAAAGCGUGAUCAACUACAACAUACUUUGCAAAGUGGAUCAUUCAAUGAGAAGAUUGCAGUUAUUAAGCAGCUUCGAGACUCGCUUAAUGACGUCAAUGUCUCUUCUAUUCCGGAAAUAUGGUACAUGGUCAACUCUGGAAUAGCAAAAGACGUCAAUUCUGUACUCAGAAAGGAGACUUUACUGCUAUUGAAGGUUUGUAUAUCGUUAAGUGAUGAUGCUACACCUACAAAAUUCUUGUUCUACAAAGAUAUCGUGCUUAAUUUCCAGCUAUCUACGGAUGAUUUGAUUGAUCCAUACUUCUCAUUAUUUAUAGACUGUCUCAUAGAGCUUACCUCAGACGGUAAGGAAGUCUACGAUCUAUUUUUAUACGCUAAGUGUCCAUUUCAGGAUUAUAUAGUGAAGAUCUUAGGCCGGAUCUCCGGAGAACAGGACGAAUCGGCGAAGGAAAAAGUGGUAUCCUUCGUAGAUAGCUGUCUGAAGCUCAACUUCGAUUUGUUUGACACUUCAGUGCUUCAUCAGGUUCUUUCUCAGCUUUUAAAAAUGACCUUCUCAACCAAAACAGUGGAUACUUUGAAGUCCUGUCUCAAACUUAUAGACACUUACGUUAUAUAUGGCUAUACUCCUCCUAAUUGUCUUGCGAUCAUUGUGACUCUACUUUCCUCGGCAAGAAUGGUCGACGAUAAUGAGGUAAAGGAGCUCUCACUAUCGGUGUUUGGAGAUCUUUUGAAGGAUACAAAGGUUUCGUAUCUUGCUAUGGAGGCGACUUGUGAUAUAAUACAAUCAAAACUAGGCGAGAAACGCGAGCCUUCAUCUCAGGACACCCGAUGUAUCGUGGGUUGCAUCCGGUUUCUUGAGUUUACUUUGUUUCACUACGAUGAAGAGAGUACUCUCGGUAACUCUAUCACCAAAUUUUUGGACACUUCUGCCAAUUACGUUAUGAACUCGCUCAUAGCUGCUGCUGACUACCACGAUAUGGUCAUCUCUAUUGAAGUUUUGAAGCUGGUUCUUAAGCUUUUGGAGUUGCCUAUCAUCAGAAAACACAAUUUUUCUCUUUCCAAACGUACUGUACUCUGGAGGUUACUUCAUGUGCUCAGUUUACAGUCUCAGGUUAAUAGUAACUCUCAUUACAACCAGAAUAUGGUCGAACUCUUCAACAAACUUCAGAAUCUAAAUACGAACAGUGUCUAUGUUUCCAAAACUGUCCAGUUCUUGGAGGUCAACUCAUCUAUUCUUCAUGAGUACAACGUCAACUACGUGCUAAAGUAUUACUCUGAGAACCUUUUAUGUGUAUAUACUGCGCCUGACUGGGAAGAUAACUGUCAUCAUUUGGUCGAGACUUACUAUCAUAUCUGUCCAGAAGAUACCUUUAGCGUGAUAAAGGAGGGGUUGAUUAACUCUCUAUGUAUCACAGAUUCUUCAGAGGUGGUAAGCAUUUAUGUCGAUCUUCUUUGCAAUGAAUGUGUUAUCAAAAGAAGCAGGGAAACGGUUAUUGAGGACUCGAUUGUGAAGUCGUUAGUAGAGGUGCUUUGUGGCUUAGAUUCACAUUUGGAUCUCUUCAAACAGACUAUGGAGACGAUUUUUGUGGAACUUGAUCGAAAGGAAAGUUUAAACAACUGUCAAUUGGCAAAGACUUGCGUUCUACUUCUUGUAAAGUUGACUCAAAGUAUUCAGAAUUCUGAGAGAGCCAACUACCUUCUACCCAGAAUGCUCUCUAUGGCAGUUCAAGCUUUGGAAUCCAGCCGUUGGGACGUUUUCUUGGUGUUCGCAAGACUAUUUGUGGCUAUGAGAUCCAACGAUGGUGAAUUUGUCUAUUUUGUUGCUGUGAAGAACAUUUACGGACUCUGUGACACGUUGGGCAGAAACAUGGAGUUGAUCGUGGAUCCCAAUCGGAGAGAUCAGCUCAAAUCCUCGGCAUUAUGGGUUUAUCCGGAAAAGAGUCUAAUGUAUUUCCCGUUGAAUGAACUACAGAAAUGCAGCAGGAAGUGUUUGCGAAGAGAUACACAUCUGGUAGUUGAAUGGUGCACUAUCUGUCUCAACGUUCUUGAGAGGUUCUAUCAUUGGGAGGUUUAUUCAUUUGUACUCUCUCAUUUGUGUCCUCAGAUGGCGGAUUAUGGUCUUUUUGGUCACGAUGCAGAUGUCUGUAUCACUAAAAUUGUGAAGGUUAUAUGUCGACAGACCCAACUCAAGUUCCCAGACAAUUUUGAGAUUGCAGACAAAAGCCUCAGUAAGGGUGACAUUCAAGUGGCAUUUAUCCGUACUCUCUCUGCCAUUACCUGUUACAAAUCGAUUUUGAGUCGGGCUGAUGAGGAUCAGCUCAUUAACUCUGUAAUAUUUGCACUCCAGUCGUGGAAUAAGACUGGUAUUCCAUGUCUUCAUUUCUUAUACAUCGCCACCUAUGAGUUCCCAGAAUCAAUCAAGAAGUUCCUCAAUGGUAUCCUUACAACUCUUCAGACUAGGAUUUCCAGUCCGUUGACAUCGAGCUUGAUUUUGGACUUUCUUUUGAGUUUGGCUGAUUUGCCUAACCUAAUAUCCAAUUUCACCAUCGAUGAGUUUAAGCGGGUGUUUGGAAUUGCGUUCAAGUUCAUUCAAUACUCAAACGAUGCCCUUGACAAUAAGAAAGUGACCAGUUUGAACUAUGAUGAUUUGGCUAUGGAUAAGAGCCCAUCAACGCAGAACUUUGAGAUCACCAAGCAGUUGGUCAUGUACAUUACAGCUCUUUCGUACAACCUCAUCUCGAGUUGGUUCUUGAAGAUGAACUUCGACCAGCGCAGAAGGCUUGCUUCUUAUAUAAUCAUGGGUCUUUUGGCAAACAGCAAACAUGAGCUGAGGGAUUUGGCCUACGUUGAGUUCAUCACACGUUCCACGUUUGCUCAAGUGGCAAUGAGAAGUACCGUUCUUGUUGAUAAUGAAACUGUUGGCGAUAUGUACACCAACCGCGCGUGGAUCUAUGGUAAUGGAAUCAUUUCUAUCAGUACCCAUAAGAUCACUGGAGAGUCUGAGGUGAUUAUCAGGAAAGCCACUACUGUUGACAAAUUCAAAGUGAGACUUCACGAAGAGUUGUUUCCUGAUUAUGUUUUAAGACAAAUAAGUAAUCCAUCUAGAGAGGCUGAGAAACUCGUUACGUAUAAUCCUUUGAUCUUCACGCCUUCAUUUUUGCUUACACAGUUGAUAUAUCCGACGCAGGAGGAAAAGCCAGUGCUAAAGCCGAUUCCUUUGGACAUAGAAUCAUCUGUGAUCAAGCGCUCAGUUUCUAUUCUGGACAGAAUCCCGCUUGUCAACUUCUUCAAGAUUGGUAUUAUGUACGCUGGAACCGGACAGACUGGUGAGGAUGAUAUUCUAACCAAUGAGUUUGGUUCCAUCGAAUAUCACGAGUUCUUGGCCGAUUUGGGUAACUUGAUCAUGCUUCGUGACUGUAAGAAGCAUUACGUUGGAGGUCUAGAUACCGUGAAUGAUAUUGAUGGUAAACUUACGGUCCAUUAUGAGACUGAAAAUACUCAAAUGUGCUUCCAUGUGGCUACUAUGAUGCCCAACAGAGACGAUGAUCCCCAUCAUGACAACAAAAAGCGGCAUAUCGGCAACGAUUACGUCAAUAUCUAUUGGAAUGAUUCUGGUUUGUCAUUUGACUCAUUCGAAAAGUUGUCCUCCCAAUUCAGUUUCAUCAAUAUUGUCAUCAGACCACUGAAUGGAUCUAACUUUUUCUCUGUGAAGUCCUACAGAAAGAAUGGUAUUCCCGGUAUCUUUGCAACCACGCAUUUUAAAUUGGUAUCUAAGCAGAAUUUGUCGAAAAUGGUGAGGAAUUUAUGUAGUAUCUCCGCUCAGUUUAGUGACGUUUGGAGCGAUCCCAACUGGGAGUUUAGCUGGGGAAGAAGAUUGAGUCAGCUUAAAUCCAUUGCUGCCAAAAACAGGAAACUUAUGGCGCAAUCAGAUGGAUUUUUCGAGCAGUUCGAGACGAUGGGAAAGGAUGAAAACGUUAUCUAUGACAGACUAGAGAUUAAUUCUUUUACUUAA